AUGGCACCCUCUACCUUCUAUGCCAGUGGCUUCAAUGCUUUCGGUCAACUCUCUUCCGAGUUAGACAAAGACUUGUCCGAACUCACUGAGCUCGUUACAUUCGAGGACGCUGACAACACCAAUCUUCUUUUCGCUGGUUGGAGCGAGACGACCUUCUACCAACAUGGCAUUGGCAAGGAAAGCGGUCGGAUCAUGAGACUUGGUAGUACCAAGAUCGCUCAGGAGGCACCUUUACCUGAUCUGGUCACCGGGUUCGGAGACCACAAUGGUCUUCUUGGUGUGCUCAGUCGCAAAGGUGGUGUUGCGUUUACCGAAGAGAAUCAGGUCGAAGCGCACACAGUAUCAGCAGACUCGCUCUCGGACGACGAGGCGCCGGGUAUCUCACACUUGGCCGUAGCAGGCAAUGGCCAUGUUGCUGUUGUUCUCGCAUCUGCCAGUUCUCCUCGAAACAGCAUCCUAGAGUUCACGUCUUUCGACAAGUUUCGCCAAUGGUUCGACGACGAAGUCAAUGAGCUUCAUGGACCCAGCUUCAGUCAUAUCGUUCCAGGACGCGUAACCCAGUCGGUCGCCAAUGUAACAGGUUUCGUGUGUCUGACGCAGGAUGGCAAUGUCUAUACCUGGGGAGAUGCAAGACACAGCUCCCUGGGCCGCAGCGUUGCCGAGACGGAAGCCAAAAGUCCAGGUCUUGUGGAAUCUCUUGCUGGCAUCCAAAUCAAGAAAGUUGCGUCUGAUGGCUGGAUGACCGCAACAUUGUCGCAAGAUGGUGCGGUGUAUCUCUUCGGUACAGGGACACCUGGAACUCAACAUUCGCUCUCCUGUCUGGCUGAACUGGACUCGAUGGGAGCAGCACUGGUCGAUAUUGAGGAGAAGGGAGAGCCUCUGGACUUCCUGGAUGUUGCCGUGGGCGAUGGACAUGUCUUGCUGCUGGCUCAGGACGGGCGUGUAUUCGCUGCUGGUGACAACCGCAAUGGUCAACUAGGCCUUGGACCGAAGGCCUCGAGUUAUAUCAAAGACUGGCGAGAAGUCAUCAUGCCAGAUCAACGUCGCUGCGUUGCCAUAUUUGCGGGUCCAAAAUCAUCGUUCUUCCAGGUCGCUGAGAGUUGA